AUGGGCAUCAGUGAUCACCCACACGUACACACCACCCAACAGCACCGACACGCCCCCCCGAGACCCCCAAGAACGGUUGACCCCAAGGCAGUCACAUUAUUCCAGGCCCCGAUUUACCAUCAACUCCCAUCCCGCUGCUUCCCACCUUACAUUCCACCACCACCGACCUUUACGCAGUACUCGCAUUCUCGCCCCUCCCGCCGCGCAACCACGAAUCUUUUGAUCCACGACGGCUGCUGUCGCGACCCUCGAUCCCUAUCUCGAUCAACGUCACAUCGCCCUCAUUUCCUCCAUUACGACUUGCACCAUCCUUUCCGAACGCCAGCGAACGAGUCCAACAGCCUCUCGCUCCGUGUGUUAGGCCCAUCAAACGCCGACUUUCCUGCCAUCGCCCGCUUCUUCCCAAAAACCUCUUCUUCACAUUACGCAAAAAUGGCUGCCCGAGGCCCCGGUGCUCCUGGUGCGCGCGGAAUGAACACGCGCUUUGCGCAGUUCAAGCUCGUCUUGCUAGGCGAAUCCGCUGUUGGAAAGAGCUCCAUCGUGUUGCGUUUCGUCAAGGUCAUUAACCUUGUGCCACUACAGGACCAGUUCGACUCCUACCGCGAAUCGACCAUCGGCGCCGCCUUCCUGACCCAGACCAUUUCUCUCGACGAAAACACCACAGUCAAGUUUGAGAUUUGGGAUACGGCCGGACAGGAGCGGUACAAGUCCCUUGCACCCAUGUACUACCGCAACGCAAACUGCGCUGUGGUAGUUUACGACAUUACCCAAUCUGCAUCCCUGGAUAAGGCAAAGGCGUGGGUCAAGGAAUUGCAGAGACAAGCCAACGAAAACAUCAUCAUCGCCCUCGCCGGCAACAAGCUGGAUUUGGUCACCGAGCAGCCCGAUAAGAGAGCGGUGUCCACGGCCGACGCCGAGGCGUAUGCGCGCGAGGCCGGACUCCUCUUCUUCGAGACAUCAGCCAAGACGGCCGAGAACGUCAAGGACCUCUUCACUGCUAUCGCCAAGAAGCUGCCGCUUGACCAGGCCGGCCCUAGGCACGCUCGGCCAGGCCAGCGACAGGGCGUUAGCCUUCAACCCGAGACUCCUGGCAGCAAUAGACUCACAUUCCAACAUCAUCAAUCAUCACAUAUCGAAAGAGCCCAAGGAAUACGGCGAAAGAUUGGCAUCACGUCCGAGGCGAGACAGGCUCCCCUUGGCAGACUGCGCGAGGGCACCCAUCAGUUCAGGCACCGCACCAAUACAAGCACGUACACGACGGCGUUUGGGCUGAAUGGGUUUGGGCUGAAGAAGAGCGUUGUCGCAAACCCCUACACCAAAGAAUGGGGACAGUCCUGGGAUAAGACGGUGUACGGGAACGGAUUCACUUUACUGGGGGAAGCAUCCUGCAGCAUUUUUCUGAUGUACAGUACGGAACACCUCCCACUGCAACUCCCCCUCGACAUCAUUCACCCCCAAUUACGCCCUGUCGGCCCAUUGCAUCCCCUCAUGUUGCGAACGUCGAUUCGAUCCGUGAGGGUGCUCGGCCACAGGCCUGCGGCGGCCGUCGUUGGCCGCCAAUGGCAGGCCGCUGCCGCCCGCCAGAGGAGGCAUUUCGCAGACGACAAGAAGCCCGCUGUCGACCCUUCCAAACCCGCCGUCCUGCCGGCAUCAGAGACCAUCACCUCAGAGAAGAGCGCCGUCCCCGAAAUUUCCGCCGUCGAGCCGACCAUCCCCAAGCAAGAGGUUCCUCUUACGCCCCCGACUCCCGAUCCCGCGGUCGUCGUUCCCAACCUCGAGGCUGCCGCUGCCGCUGCCGCUGCUCCUCCUCCGCCCGAGUCGCCCGCCGCUGCCGCGCCCAAGAAGAAGGGUUUCUUCCGCCGAUUGAGAAACCUCGUCUUGACCCUCGCCAUCCUCGGCGCCGUCGGCUUCGGAGGCGGUGUCUGGUACUCGCGCGUCAACGAUAACUUCCACGACUUCUUCACCGAAUAUAUUCCCUUUGGCGAGCAGGCCGUUCUCUACUUUGAGGAAGCAGACUUCCGCAAGCGAUUCCCCAACCUCUCGAACAAGAUCAAGGGAAGAGAUACCGGAAGCCAGGUCAAGAUCCCCGCCCAGAGCGGCGCGUCAUGGAGAGUAGCCGAUAACGGCGAGCCCGCUGGUCGUCAGUCGAGCGCUGUUGACAAGGCUGCUGCCAAGGUCGUCGCUGUCAAGGAGGAGGUGAGCAAGCCGGCCGAGAAGCCCAAGCCUGCGCCGGAGGCUCCCAAGGCCGCGCCUGAGCCCGCCAAGGAGACCAAGCCUGCUGCUGCUUCUGCGCCCAAGGAGGACUCGAACGGAUUCAAGGCCCCCGAGGUCAACGAGCCUUCGCGAUUCCCUCCCAUUGCCCCGAUCGACGCGCUGAAGAUUGAGGAUGCCACCGAGCCCGUCGUCCAGGACCUCGUUCGCAUGCUCAACGACAUCAUCACCGUUAUCAACGCUGACAAGGCCCACGGCCGCUACUCUCCGACCAUUGCCAAGGCCAAGGGCGAGUUGAGCAAGGUCGGAGGCAAGAUCAAGGCCAUCAAGUCUUCGGUCGAGGAGAAGGCUGCUUCCGAGGUUGAGGCAAAGGUCGCCGACUUUGACAAGGCCGCCAACGACCUGAUUGCCCGCGUCGAGUCCGCCAUGGUCGCCCAGGAGACCCAGUGGAGAAAGGAUUUCGAGGACGAGAUGAAGAAGGUCAAGGAUGCCUACAACGAGCGCGUCAAGCUUCUGCUGGAGCGCGAGAAGCAGCUUAACGAGGAGCGUCUCAACAACCAGCUUCUGGAGCAGGCGCUCGCCCUGAAGAAGGAGUUCGUUGCCGAGGUACAGGGCCACGUCGAGGCCGAGCGCGAGGGCCGCCUCGGCAAGCUCAACAACCUGUCGGCGGCUGUCCAGGACCUCGAGAAGCUGACGACGGGCUGGAACGAGGUUGUCGACACCAACCUGCGCACUCAGCAGCUCCACGUCGCUGUGGACGCCGUCCGCGCCAGCCUGGAGAACGCGACGACGCCCAAGCCGUUUACGCGCGAACUCGUUGCGCUCAAGGAGAUUGCGGCCGAAGACCCUGUCGUCAACGCGGCCAUUGCCUCGAUCAACCCGUCGGCCUACCAGCGCGGACUCUCCAACGCGGCACAGCUUAUCGACCGCUUCAGGAUAGUCGCCAACGAGGUGCGCAAGGCGUCCCUCCUGCCCGAGGAGGCCGGCGUCGCCAGCCACGCGUCGAGCUACCUCCUCAGCAAGGUCAUGUUCAAGAAGCAGGGCCUGGUCGGCGGCGAUGACGUUGAGAGCAUCCUCACCCGCACGCAGACGCUGUUGGAGGAGGGUAACCUGGAUGCUGCGGCCCGUGAGAUGAACGGUCUGCAGGGCUGGGCGAAGACGCUGAGCAGAGACUGGCUCGGUGAGGUGAGGAAGGUUCUUGAGGUCCAGCAGGCUCUUGAUGUCAUUGCGACAGAAGCGCGCCUGCAGAGUCUCAAGAAGAGUGAGAGUGAGCAAGAUAGCCUAGACCUCUGGUCUGUACCCAGAGCGCGGUUUGGCAUUUGCUUAGUUGAUUCAUUCGGGCCAUUACCCAACCUGAAAGGAAGCUUAUUAGGCUCUCCGACGCGCUGUCACAAGCCGGUGCCACGAGAGCCGUCCGGACUACCUUGUUCGGCGCAGACUUUUAAGGAAACGGGACGAGCGCCGAGCGCAGGGCCCCCGGACCACGCUCUCCCGGCUCGAGUCCCGAAGCGCCCACCCCCAGUGGAAGCCGCAUAUAAUCAGAAUGAACCCCCCACCGAAACCCGGGAGAGCUCUGGUAACCCCUCCAUCUCGAGCCCCGCUGUAAAGGACCUCCCCCCCAAAAAGAGAGGGAGCAUUCCCAACGUCCUUGAUGCAUCAUGCAUCCCGCCACGUAAUACGCCUCACGCGCAGCGCCAGCAGCAGAAGUUUCCUACUUUCCACAUUCUUGGGACGACGAAUGAUGGCUACCGCCGGGAGGACAGCGUUGUCUCCGAGGUCGGAGAUCGCGACAUCUCUGCCGCUUCAAGCUUGACUUCACAGAGCCACGCAGACGCCGUCGACGCGCUCAACACCCUCCAAACCCCCUUCGCCGUAAUCGAAGCCCGCCGCAAGGCGGGCAUCCGCCCCGACGAAGCCUCCGUCGCCGAAAUGCGAGCGUACCUCGCGCGCGUGGGCUACUCCGUCUCCGACCUCGACGGCCUCAACGUGAUCCACGUCGCGGGGACAAAGGGGAAGGGAAGCACCUGCGCCUUCACCGACUCCAUCCUCGCGCGGCACCGCGCCGCUUCGCCGAGGUCGAUACCGCGCAAGGUCGGGUUGUUGAUCUCGCCGCAUUUGAUCGCGGUGAGGGAGCGGAUACGGAUCAACGGCGUGCCGAUAUCCGAGGCGCUGUUUGCGCGGUAUUUCUUCGAGGUGUGGGAUCGGUUGGGGGAGGAGAAUGAGGUGCUGGGAGAGGUUGUUGCGGUGGGGACGAGGCCGAUAUAUUCGCGGUAUCUGACGCUGGUUAGUUUCCAUGCUUUCCUGAGCGAGGGGUGCGAUGUUGCUAUUUUGGAGACGGGGAUCGGAGGGGAGUAUGAUGCUACGAAUCUUGUGGGACGGCCUGUCGCGACGGGGAUUACGACGUUGGGGAUCGAUCACGUUUUCGCGCUGGGGGAUACGGUGGAGAAGAUUGCGUGGCACAAGGGCGGGAUUAUGAAGGCUGGGAGUAAGGGGUUCACUGUUGAGCAGGUUGCUGGGGCGGCGGGGGUGUUGGAGGAGCGGGCGAGGGAGAAGGGGGUCGAGAUGGAGGUUGUUGGCGUUGAUCCGCGGCUUGGGGGCGUCAAGAUCCGUCCUGAUGCGGUUUUCCAGAAGAGGAAUGCGAGUUUGGCGGUGCGGCUCGCGGAGACUGCGCUGGAGAGGGUCGAUCCCGAGUUCAGGAGGGACCCGGGGAGGUUGUCGGCGCCGUUUGUGGAGGGGUUGGAGGGGGUUGUUUGGAGGGGGCGGUGUGAGGUGAAGGAGGAGGGCGCCGUUGCGUGGUACGUUGACGGGGCGCAUACGACGGAUAGUCUGAGGAUGGCGGCGCGGUGGUAUGUGGACGAGAGUGCGCGCAGGGGGAAGAAGGGGCCGAGGGCGCUGGUGUUUAACCAGCAGGGUCGGACGGAGGCGAUUGACUUUUUGGAUGGCAUGUACGAGGCUAUCAAGAGGGUGGAUGGGAGGGCGUUUGAGAGCGUGGUGUUUUGUACGAACGUUACGUAUGCCCGGACUGGGUAUAAGCGAGACUUCGUCAACCACCAGUACGACGCCAAAGCCAUCGAGGCCAUGACGGUGCAGAGGCAGUUCGCGGAGCGCUGGUCCAAGCUGGAUCCCCACGCCGACGUGCGCGUGAUACCGACUAUCGAAGAGGCCUUGAACCACGUCCGGAGCGUCGGCGAGGGCCUGCCGGAGGGCGAGAGUGUACAGGCUCUUGUCACGGGGAGUUUGCAUCUUGUUGGUGGCGCGCUGGGCAUCCUGGAGGGCGCGGAUGCUUUGUAG